AUGGCCGGCUUUGGAAUAUUCCUUCUGGUUGAAUCACGUUCGUUCGGUUUUACUGGAUCGGCUAAUCUAAUACCCAUCUUCGUCACCAUCGUCGGAUUUCUUGUACUAGGCAUCGCAUUCAUGGGUUGCUGUGGAGCCAUUAGUCUCAACCGUUGCUUACUACUUUCGUUCUCUAUUGCAAUUGGCAUAAUUAUAGUGGCGGAAAUAGUUGGAGGUGUUUUGCUCGUUAUCUACAGAUCCAAGUUCAAAGAAGGUCUUGGUAAAUACCUCAAAGAGGCAAUAAGAAAUGUUGAAAAUGCUACAAAUCCAAGUGCGGGGAAAGCCUUUAAGAAAUUACAAGAUAAAUUUGAGUGUUGUGGAGCUAAUGGACCAGAAGACUGGCAAAAUCCAAGUCAAGGUUGCUGUAAAUCGGGUGAAUCAGCGUGCGAAAAUUACCCUAGAGAAGGUUGCAUUAAAGUAAUUCACGAAUGGUUAAAGAAAAAUUUACUUGCUGUUGGCACAGUGAUCCUAGUUCUUUCCGUUCUUGAAGUCGGAGCUAUCACAGCCGCUUGUUGCCUUUACAGGCAGUUGGACUAA